CAAUAGUCUACAUGCCCUCCCUGUGUGCAGACCUUCCGUCUUCAGGAUUAUAUAUAUGAAUGUGUUACCAGUCUUAACGGAUCUCACACAAAGUCUGAGAGUCUCGUGCUUGGUCGUUGCAUUCAUCUCCGGCAACAUCAAAAUUUAAUAAUAAGCUAAAAAGAAAAGGAACAUUAAUUAACCACAGAAGAAAAUGAUGAUGGAUUCCCGGAUAUGGAGCCGCCUGCCGGAGCACCUCCUGGAGCUCGUCCUCUCCUUUCUCCCCCUCAAAACCCUCCUUACCCUCAGAUCCACCUGCAAACACUUCAACUUCCUCCUCUCCUCCCCCCUCUCCGCCUUCUCCUCCCGCCGCCGCCCGCCCCUCUCCUCCCUCAUCCUCCUCUCCCACCCCCAAUUCUCCCGGAUAUGCCCCCUGCUCAACGCCGCCGCAAGCUCCUGGCACGGCGCCUCCCUCUCCCUCCCUCCAAAUCUAUCCUCCUCCGCCCUCGUCUCGUCCGCCGGCGGCCUCCUCUGCUUCUCGUCCCCGACCUCCUCCUGCUUCGUCGUGUGCAACCCCCUGAGCCGAUCCACGCGCCGCGUGACGUUCCCCUUCUGCCCUUUCCACUUCGAGCUUGCCACGCUGGUCCCCGCCCCCAACGGCUACAAGCUAUUCGUUCUCUCCGGCAACGCCUUCGUCUACGACUCCACCACCGAGUCCUGGCGGGAAUACUCAGGUUACAAUCGGAUGCUCAAUGAUAACCAUCAUCAAAAGGCCGCUCUUCAAAACGGUCUCCUUUUCUUCUCCACGCCCGAGCCCUUUCGAGUCGUGGGCUUCCAUUUAGCGACAGGGAACUGGGAGACUUUGCGGGCCGGGCUGCCAGACGGGCUGACUUUCGUCCGCCUGGCGAGUGACGUGGCAAGCAAGCUGUACCUCAUUGGUGGGAUUGGGAACAACGGUAUCUCGAGAAGCGUGAAGGUAUGGGAGUUGGGAGAUGAUGACAGGGCUUGGGUGGAGUUCGAGACAUUGCCCGAGACUGUGUGCCGGAAAUUUUUAUCCAUUUGCUAUCAUAAUUAUGAACACGUGUACUGUUUCUGGCAGCAGGGCUGUAUUUGUGUGUGCUGCUAUACUUGGCCUGAGAUAUUGUGUUACAAGGUGUGUAGGAGGACUUGGCAUUGGCUGCCAAAGUGCCCUUCAUUGCCUGAAAAGUGGAGCUGUGGGUUUAGGUGCUUCUCGUUUGGGCCGGACCUCUAUGCUGCCGUGUAGAUGGAUUAAUUUUUAUUGCUAUUUGUUUUAUGCAUAUAAUACAUUUGGCAAGUGACAUUGCUAGCCGGUAAAUCUUUUUGGACGGGGCAAAUGGAAAUUUUUGCUAAUGUUGGAAAUCUUGCAGAAAAAAAGAACAUGGAAAUUGGAAAAUAAUUGCAAUGCAGGGCAUGCUUGGUGGAUUUGCCUGAAUGUACUGAAAACUAAUAGAAUUAGAAUUCUAAAAGGAAUCUG